UACUGACUUAACCACAGCCACUUUAAUAAUGGAAAUUGAUGGAAAUUGAUGGAAAAAUGUUUCACUAGCCACUUUAAACAAUGCCACUUAAUAUAACUUUGAGCACCUACUCAGAACCCUGAUGGUCAAAGGGGUCGCAUGACAAAAGACAGAACCCCAGCAAGUCACAUGGGGCCUGAGGCACUGGGCGAAGAGCCAGGGGAUCACAGGUCGGCCGCUCCCUCGCCCAUCAAUUCUCCCCUUAGACAUUCAGGUGACACGCCUGUGCGGGAACCCGCAGUCCUCGCAGACAAGCCCCCUGUCUUUUCACGAUGCGGGCGUCUGUCCCAGCCACCAAAAAUACUUAAUCUGUAGGUUUCCCAUCAGGGAUUGUUGACAGAGAUAAAAGUGAAGAGAAUAUCAAAAUGUGUUGUUGUUCUGAAAAAAAAAAACAGUUCAUGUUGGAAAUUGUUACUAGGUUUGUUUUGUUAGUGAAUUGACACCUCCUGUCCUAUUUUAUUAAAUGGGAGAUGUUAUGGGUGUAAGAUGGCACAGUGAUGCCAUCUGUUGGUAAAUGUUCAUUACUGCAACUCUUGUGUUUUACCGGGGUGCUUGAGAUACUCGGAUGUGUUGUGAUGUACUGAACAAGACUGGUUACUCGCAUCAAUGCCUCUGUCUCGUCAUUUAACAUUCAAACAGCAGCUUUGCGGACUGCUCCAUUGACAAUUAAUGACUUCUGUCAGAACGCAAGGAGUUUGAUGCAUCUGGUGGAAAUGAGACUUAAAGCUUCGUUUACAUUUCCCAUAAGCACCAUUAUCUUGCGCCAGAUGUCAUGCAAUUCAAUGGGGACCUCGGUAACAGAGUGGAAUCGCAACACCCCCUUGAGGUUGAAGGCUCUGUUGCGAGACGGACACUGCAUAUUUUGACAUUUUCCAAACUUUGCAUCGUCUUCAGUCCAGCCAGAGUCUAUCGAAGAACAGGAAGUUAUCAACCCACAAGAGAAGAUGAAAAUGUGGUUUUCCCUGAUGUCUUUAUGGGAUAGCUAUUACAUUGUAAACCAUUACACAUUCCUAUAAACAAUGAUGCACAAGAAGAGACCCUCUGUGGAAAAAAGCGAAAGUGCUGCUCCACCAGAUGUGUCAAAACCCAAGAAGAGUAAGACCACUGGGCAUCAUCCAAGGCCACUACUCAGGAGGACACCAAUAAUGACUCUGUCUUUGGUCAAUUUCUGCGCGCGGGCUGGUGUCAUCUUGAGAAAAGGAAGUAUAUCCAAUGAAAUUGCUGUAGAACAAAUGGUUUUCCAAAAGAGACUCCAGCAACGACUGAAAAAGAGUCCCAGAUACCCCGGGAUUGUCCAGGAGUUAAUCAAAGGACUGGAGUCGCACAUUGAGGAUCCUGAGAGGUUCAGGAACUGUCUCCUCCCUGUGUACCACGCCUGGCCGAUGGCACCUGCAGCUCUGUCAGUUCAUUUUAGGAGAGUCUGCUGUGCAUGCUGCUGGGGAAUCAAGAUGCUGCAGGUAUGACAGCCUCUCUCUAUGCAAAAACACCUUGGUCUAAGUAGUGUUGGUAUUUAUCCAUCAUCUUCCACUGGAUGUGAAAUUCAAAUAUGACCACAAUUUUGUAAAGCCUUUCCUUUUUUCUUUUUGUUGUAGACUUUGGUCAUUAACACUAUGACAGCAGAUCUAACCUAUACUCUACACUAAUUCAAUCUGUAUAUUCCCACUAAGUAGUUAUCAAGGCAUAAGGCGAGACCCAAAUGCAGACACAGGAGGAAGAUGGUUGGAGUCUUACAAUGUUUAUUAAUCCAAAGGGGUAGGCAAGAGAAUGGUCGUGGA